CCCACCUCCGCCUCCACCCCCGUCUCUCCGGCCCUCCGCGCCGCCUCUGCCGUCUCUGCUGAUUCCUCUCCCUCUCCGCCUCGCUCCCCCUCGUUCACUUCCCGCGCAGCCCGCCUCGCCUCCCGCUCCCUCCUGCGUCCUCCCCCUCCUCCUCCUCCUCCUCCUCGUCCUCGUCCUCCCCCUGCUCCUCUUCCUUCGCCUCCUCCAGCACAGCCCUCCUCUCUCGCUCCUCCGCUCCCCUCUCACCCGCCGCAUCCCCGCGUCGGCCCGGCCGUCCGUCCCCGGCGCCGGCGAGCCCCGGGCCGCCCAUGAUGGGCUCCGUGCUCCCGGCGGAGGCCCUGGUGCUCAAGACCGGGCUGAAGGCGCCGGGGCUGGCGCUGGCCGAGGUCAUCACCUCCGACAUCCUGCACAGCUUCCUGUACGGCCGCUGGCGCAACGUGCUGGGCGAGCAGCUCUUCGAGGACAAGAGCCACCACGCCAGCCCCAAGACGGCCUUCACCGCCGAGGUCCUGGCGCAGUCUUUCUCCGGCGAGGUGCAGAAGCUGUCCAGCCUGGUGCUGCCGGCGGAGGUGAUCAUCGCGCAGAGUUCCAUCCCCGGCGAGGGCCUCGGCAUCUUCUCCAAGACGUGGAUCAAGGCCGGCACCGAGAUGGGCCCCUUCACCGGCCGCGUCAUCGCCCCGGAGCAUGUGGACAUCUGCAAGAACAACAACCUCAUGUGGGAGGUGUUCAAUGAGGAUGGCACGGUGCGCUAUUUCAUCGAUGCCAGCCAGGAGGACCACCGGAGCUGGAUGACCUACAUCAAGUGCGCGCGUAACGAGCAGGAGCAGAACCUGGAGGUCGUCCAGAUUGGCACCAGCAUCUUCUACAAGGCCAUUGAGAUGAUCCCUCCUGACCAGGAGCUGCUGGUGUGGUAUGGAAACUCACACAACACGUUCCUGGGGAUCCCUGGUGUGCCCGGACUAGAGGAGGAGCAGAAAAAGAACAAGCAUGAGGACUUCCACCCGGCGGACUCGGCGGCGGGCACCGCGGGCCGCAUGCGCUGUGUCAUCUGCCACCGCGGCUUCAACUCGCGCAGCAACCUGCGCUCGCACAUGCGCAUCCACACGCUGGACAAGCCCUUCGUGUGCCGCUUCUGCAACCGCCGCUUCAGCCAGUCGUCCACUCUGCGCAACCACGUGCGCCUGCACACGGGCGAGCGCCCCUACAAGUGCCAGGUGUGCCAGAGCGCCUACUCGCAGCUGGCCGGCCUGCGCGCCCACCAGAAGAGCGCGCGCCACCGGCCGCCCAGCGCCGCGCUGCAGGCGCACUCGCCCGCGCUGCCCGCGCCGCACGCGCACGCGCCCGCGCUCGCGGCCGCCGCCGCCGCGGCCGCGCACCACCUGCCGGCCAUGGUGCUGUGA